AUGGCAAAUGCAGGGCCCCAUACAAAUGGUUCUCAGUUUUUUAUAUGUACUGCCAAGACUGAAUGGCUUGAUGGGAAGCAUGUUGUGUUUGGAAAAGUUAUUGAUGGGUACAGUGUGGUUAAGGAGAUGGAGAAGGUUGGUUCAAAUGCUGGGAAGACAUCUGAACCGGUUGUUAUAGAAGAUUGUGUUCUCAAUCUUGCAUAUGUGAUUGACCCAAAAACUACACCAAUUGCCGAUGAAGCUGAAAAUUCCACACCGGAAGAGAAAGAAAAGAUUGUUCAACUGAAAAAGAAACGUGAUGAAGAUACUUUUACAUGUCGAGGCCAUAUUCUUAAUACUUUGUCCGACCGACUCUAUGAUCUCUACAUGUCAAUUCAAUCACCAUUAGAGAUUUGA